AUGGUCACCUCCAGUGAGAGAAAACUACGUGUUAGAUCAGGCCCUAAACCGAUCUACACCAUGGACGAUAUGGACGAAGACAAUGAUGAAAAUUUAGAACGAAAAAACGAAGAGGUAUGUACUCUUGGCGGGAUUGAUAAAAUCUUGAACCGUGAAUUUCGUCCUAUGGCAUCUAACGAUCCGGAUUCUGAAAAUGGGGAACCAGGCCAAGUUCUUGUGAAACAUGUGAAGUGGAAACGGUUAUCGUACUUACACUGCUCUUGGGUGACCGAGCAGGAAUUCGAGAAGGCUUACAAGUCACAUCCUCGUUUAAAAUUAAAGGCAAAGGUGAACAAAUUUAACGCUAUGAUGGACAAUACCAUCAGUCACAACGGAGGUGAUGAGUUUAUUGCCAUUGCUCCUGAGUGGACAACUGUUGACCGGAUUCUUGCUUGCCGGGAAGAAGAUGAUGGAAAAGAGUAUCUGGUGAAGUUCAAAGGACUUAAUUACGACGAAACUUACUGGGAAGCUGAAUCAGACAUCUCAGCAUUCCAAAACGAAAUUCAAAGGUUUGAGGAUAUAAACUCUGGCACUCGUAGAGAUAAUUAUGUCGAAAACGAGAGAGAUCAAAUGGAAUUCAAAGGGCUCGAUCAUACUCCUGAAUUCCUCAAAGGCACACUGCAUAAGUACCAGCUCGAAGGGCUUAAUUUCUUGAGGUAUUCAUGGUCCAAGGGAACUCAUGUAAUCCUUGCGGAUGAAAUGGGGCUAGGGAAAACAAUACAGGGUAUUGCCUUCUUGGCUACUCUGUUCGAGGAAAACUUAGCUCCUCAUCUGGUUGUUGCUCUCCUCUCAACCCUCCGUAACUGGGAGAGGGAAUUUGCCACAUGGACUCCACAGCUCAAUGUGGUUAUGUACACUGGUACUUCCGAAGCACGUCGUGUCAUAAGGGAACAUGAGUUCUACCUCCCUAUAGGGAAUAAUAUUAUUAAGUUUGAUGUCCUCCUCACUUCGUAUGAGAUGAUUAACGGCGACACAGCAUUUAUGAAACCAAUCAAGUGGAACUGCAUGAUUGUUGAUGAAGGCCAUCGUUUGAAAAAUAUGAAUUCAAAGUUGUUCUCUUCAUUGAAGCAGUAUACGAGUAAGCAUCGCGUUCUGCUGACCGGAACACCACUUCAGAACAACUUGGAUGAACUUUUCGUUCUCAUGAAUUUUCUUGAUUAGACGAAGUUUGAGAGUUUAGAGGAGUUUCAAAAAGAUUAUAAAUAUAUAAAUCAAGAGGAGCACAUUUCAAAACUCCACCAAAUGUUGGCACCGCAUCUGCUUAGAAGGGUAAAGAAAGACGUGUUAAAGGAGGAUGAGCUGCCCUCUAAGAAGGAGCUCAUUUUGCGUGUUGAUCUGAGCAGCCAGCAAAAACAUUUGUACAAAGCUGUUCUUACGCGUAAUUAUCAAAUCUUGGCAAAGAAAGGAGGUGUUAAAGUAGCUAACGUGCUAAUGGAAUUACGAAAAGUUUGCUCUCAUCCAUAUCUGCUAGACGGCGUUGAGCCAACUUUUGAAAACGCAGAUAAAGAUUUAAAACAACUCCUAGAAGCUUCCGGAAAAUUGCAACUGUUGGACAAAAUGAUGGUCAAACUCAAAGAGCAGGGGCAUCGAGUGCUCAUAUACUCCCAAUUCCAACGCACUCUAGACCUUUUUCAGGAUUACUGCAGUUAUAAGAAUUGGUCUUAUGAACGGAUCGAUGGAAAGGUCGAUGGUGUUGAAAGACAAGUACGCAUAGAUCGUUUCAAUGCAGAAAACUCUAACCCGUUCUGUUUUUUGCUCUCUACAAGAGCUGGGGGAAUAGGAAUAAACCUUGCUACAGCUGAUACAGUCAUCAUUUAUGACAGCGAUUGGAAUCCCCACGUGGAUAUUCAAGCUAUGGCGAGAGCCCAUCGCCUUGGCCAAACCAGUAAGGUAGUCGUAUACCGUCUGGUACAUCGACACACUGUGGAGGAAAAGAUCAUCCACAUAGCUAAAAAGAAGAUGCUUCUACAGCAUCUAGUGGUGGGAAAACUUAAACAACCCCACCUCACUCAAGAUGAGCUUGAUGACAUAGUCAAGCACGGCUCCAAGGAACUAUUUAGUGAAAAACAUGAUGAUGAGGCAGAAAGUUCUAGCAAAAUUCAUUAUGAUGAUGCUGCUAUCGAAAAGUUGCUUGACCGUGAGUGUAUAGAUGCUGAAGAGGAGGGUGAUGAAGAGGAGAAUAGUUUCUUAAAGGCUUUCAAGGUGGCCAAUUUGGAGUAUAUUGAUGAAAAUGAGGCUGCGGCUGCAGCAGUAGAGGAGGCACAAGCUAUAGAAAACAAGUCUUCAGCAAAAACUGCUGAUAGUAGAAGUCAUUGGGAAGAGCUUUUAAAAGACAAACAUGAAGUGCACCAAGCUGAGGAGCUCAGUGGUCUUGGAAAGAGGAAAAGAAAGUGCAAACAGGUGAAAUAUGCUGAAGAAGAUGAUGAUGAGUUUUCUGGUUCAGAAGUGAGCUCCGAUGAGAGGGAGGAAGCAGUUGAAGUAGCUCCACAGAAAACCCCGAGGGGUAGAAGGCCUUACAGAAAAAGGGCUCGCGAUAACUCGGAGCCAAUACCUUUGAUGGAAGGCGAAGAAACCUCUUUGAGGGUGCUGGGUUUUAACGAGAUUGAAAGGAAAGCCUUUUUAGUUACGUUUAAGAGGUAUGGAGCUGGAAACUUUGAUUGGAAGGAGUAUGGUUAUCCCUUAAGGCGGAAGACCUAUGACGAGAUUAAUACGUAUGGGGUACACUUCUUGAAACACAUUGCUGAAAAUUCCAACAAUGAUUCUCCAACUUUUUCAGGUAAUUUAUCACUUAUCCUAUUAUUACCGCAUGCAAUGAUCUAUGCAGACGGUGUUCCCAAAGGAGACAUAGUUAGUGCGGAGCUGCUAAUCAGCAUGACUUUAAUGAUGCUAGUAAAGGAGAAGUGUCAAUUUAUGGACAACCAUCCGACAGGACCUGUUUUCCCUGACCACAUCGUCAAAAUGUUCUGUUUGAGAAGAGGACCACUUUCUGAUGAACAACAUGACAGAAUUAUUAUUCGUGCUGUUCAUAAGCAUGGAUUGGGGAGAUGGGUGAACAUUAUAGAUGACAAAGAGUUAGAGGUCGAAGAGAUUGCCUGCAAAGAACGGGGUUUCCCUUUCCCUUUCGUAACUUCGUGUCGUGCUGAACAAGUUGGCUUGCCAGAGAGUAGCUUGAAUCAGGCAACUGGUAACGCGGGAAAUAAUAAUGCUUCUGCUGGUGGAGGGAAGAGAAACUCGUAUCAGACCAUGAUUCUUGCUAACCUUGUAGAAAAACGAUUUACGAAACUGGAGAAGGCUAUGAAAUAUGAGUACGCAAAAAAAAUACUUGCUAGAGAAGCAGAAGCUGAAACAAAGGUGAUGAAUACAGUGGGAACGAGCUCUCUGUAGCUGCAGACUGAGC